UGCCCUGCCCGCCGUAACCAAAAAAAGUUAAGCAUAAGAAGUCUGCCAGUGGAACCUGAUGUGUCUGGAUCAGAAACUGAUGUGAGGUGAAGCUGGGAGGAGUCUGAGAAUUCAUGUGAAGAAUUCCAGCUACAGGCCCUUCUCUCUGAAACCAUGCCAGAGAUGACAGAGAAUGAGACUCCUAUGAAGAAACAGCACCGAAAGAAAAACCGGGAGACACACAAUGCAGUGGAGAGACAUCGAAAGAAGAAGAUCAAUGCUGGGAUAAACCGAAUUGGAGAGCUCAUUCCAUGUUCCCCAGCACUUAAGCAAGAAUGGGUUGCAUGUCAACAGAAGUGGAAGCCAUGUGGACAAAGCAUCCCAAAGAACCACACAUACUGUGAAGAAAGUAACCAAUCUUUUUUGGAAGGAAAAUACAAGGGAAAUAAUUAAAAAUGUCAGACAAGUUUGGCACAUCCUUAAAAUGAACAUUCCAGUUGAAAUCCCAGAGUAAGAACAUGAUCCUGGAUCAGGCCUUUAAAUAUAUAAC